GACCUAGAGCAGUCCUGUGCCUACAGCCUCUGGAACCAUGGGGACAGGACGACGCAGCCAGUCCUUUCGGGGACCACGGCGCUCUUAUGGCAAGCUCCAGGAGCCCUGGGGGAAGCCCGUGGAGGGCCAACUGCGCCGGGCACUGAGUCUCCGACAGGAUCGUGGGAAGCUCAGAUCCUCAGAGGAGGGCCCAGAAAGGCUGGACUCCCCUGAUCAGGAGUGGCAGCCAGGAGGCCUGGGGGACACGGAGCAGCUGAUCCAGGUUCGGCAAGGAGGCAGCCGGCGGUGGCUGAGGCAGUAUCAGCAGCAGGUGAGAAGAAGGUGGGAGAGCUUCGUUGCCAGCUUCCCUGCUGUGACCCUGAACCAGCCAACCUCCUCGGAGCUGCCUCUGAACACCACCAGCUGA